UAACACGUCAGCAAUCUUGCUCUCUAUAUAAAGACGCGGUAUUCUAUAAGUCUAUGCAGAUCUGCUUAGAGAAAGACAAACAUUGCAAUACAGAUAACAGAAAAUGAAAAUGAUAUUUGGUUUUGUUUUACUAUUUGUGGUUACUCAUGGUUUAGACAUGAUGACUGGACGUUACGAAUUAAGUUUAGAAAAAGGUAAAUUAAUAGCAACUAUCCCUGUAUUGGCUAUGUCCUACAAAUUAUCGUUUGAUUUAAAACCGAAAUCAUACGCAUAUGGUUUUCAUAGCGUUCUUCAUUUCACAGUUGGUGAUGAUCUCAGUAAGUACGGUGACAGAACUCCGGCACUUUGGUUUCGACAGUAUGAACAUAACUCUAACGGCUUAUUGCACAUUGCUGCACCUAUCAAUGGAAACCCUAAUGGACAAACUAGUAUCAAUGCAUUUCCACUAAAUGUUUGGACAAACGUUGUUAUUAGUCAGCAGCUUGUUGAUAACGAAUAUGUUUUCACAAUCGGACUAAAUGGAACGAAUGUAUUUUCUGAAAGGAACAAUAAACCCCAAAAAUUUGACAAUGUCAGAGUUUAUGUUUCGGAUCCUUGGUAUCCACCUCAUAAUGGAUCAAUAAAAAAUCUAAUUCUUGAAAAUGGGGAGCCAGGUGAAUCUUUAUCGAAACCCCUAUAUCCACAAAGCUCAAUACGUCGCGAUGGUGAAGAGAUACUGAAAAAAAACAAUUUGAUUGCGCUUUUGUCAAAUGUAGAAAAAUCGUUUUAUAUGUUUUUCCAAUUAAUACUCAACAAGUUUUCAGAUGAUUUUAGAAGUGUCAUUCAUUUUACUAUAGGAGAGGAUAAUGUAAAAUACGGCGAUCGAAUUCCUGGCAUUUGGAUUUUUAAAGAAAAAUUACACGUUGGUUUUGCAAUUAGUGGUGAAAAAAAUGAAUAUUUUGUAUCCAAGCCACUUCUACUAGACGAGUGGAUAAAUAUUGAAAUAUGGCAGCGUGUUGAAUUGGGAGUGUUUUAUUUUUCAGUGUUUAUUGAUGACGUAGAAGUGUAUAAAGUACAAAACUUAAACGCACAAGUGUUUAAAGGAGUCAACGUAUUCGCAGGUGAUCCAUGGUAUGAAGCCCAGGAUGGUGCCAUCAGAGACUUUUUAUUCAAGAAUAAAAAUUAAUUUGAUUUUAGUGUUGUUAAUGUAUUUUCUUAAACCGUUUGUAAAACUGUAUUACUAAAUUUUUAUUA